AUGCAAGGAUACAAAAGUGUGUUAUUUGAAAUUGAAAUUAAUACCGACAUACCAUCAAGUCCAUUCGCAUCAAUCCAGGAAUGGUCUCAAUUUCCGGAAGAAGAUGAGAUUCUUUUUUCCACACAUACAGUCUUUCAUAUCGAUCGUGUUGUGGUUGAAAAUGAUGGUCUAUACCGAGUUAAUUUGAGUUUGACAAAUAAUUAUGAUAGAAAUCUACGUAAACUGAUGGCUCAUCGAAGGAAAGAGAUUGUCGGACGGACUUCGAUACAUCGGCUCGCUCUUCUAUUAUAUCGAAUGGGAAAAUUCGAUAUCGCCGAAAAGAUCUAUCAGCAGUUACUUGGUGAAAUUGAUGCUCUAGAUGAGAUUCUUUAUAUUAACCAUUAUCUCGCUCGAAUAUCUUGCCAGAUGGGGCAGUUCGGUAAAGCUCUCUCAAUGCAAUCGACAUGUUUCCAGUUUAUGACUAAACACAAUCGAGCACUCGUUGCUGAUGUAUAUGCUGGUAUGGCAGAAGCCUUUGUACGACAAGAUAUGCUUGAAGACAGUUUGGAAUUGUACGAACGAGCCUUCCAAAUCGCUGAACAAUCACAAACAAUCAGUGAUCACAGUAAAGUCUUAUAUCUUAAUAAUAUUGGUUGUGUACUUAAACUUCAAAACCGUUACAACCAAGCGAAAAACUACUUCCAAAAGGCACUUGACAUUGCACUUGCUCGUUUCCCAUCAACACAUCCCGAUAUAGCUGAUUUGUAUCAAAACAUAGGUUCUCUGUACUUUGAUAUGGGUGAUUUUCAUACUUCGAUCGAUUACUUAACCAAAUCGCUCGCCAUACAGCAAUCAUCCUUACCAGCUGAUCAUCCUGCUUUAGGGAAUACUCAUUAUAAUCUUUCGAAAACAUUCAUCGAACUUCACCAAAUCUAUGACGCCAUCCAUCAUGGUCAGUUGGCCGUCGAUAUCUUGAAAAAGACACUUUCGGAUAUUCAUUUCGAUGUACGCGAGGCUCAAGCACAGCUCGAUGCGAUAUCACUUCUUCAGCGUUAA